AUCUCUCCCUCUCAUCCCGCUGGCUCUCACUAUGUCUAAUACCAGCGAAUGAGGACCUACUGGUGCUGCUUUACAACUUGGUGCGUUGCUAUGGCGUCAAAUGCCAGCCACAUGUUGGAGGCUGCCUUGGAGCAAAUGGACGACAUCAUUGCUGGCAAAAUCGGCGAAGGGCUGUUCAGCUCUCCCAUGCAUUUAGGGGGUCAGGAUAACCAGUCCUUUGAGUGUUCCCAACAGCAAACCCUCCCCUCACCCGUGGUGGACCCCGCCCUCAAGACUCUUCAGCUGACUGAGGCCCUCAGGGCAGUGCUGGAGGGCAAGUGGAGUAAGGAAGAACAGGUUUCUCUCAGGAAACAGGUCCCUCGUGACACGGCAAACGUUAUACUCAAAUGGCUGGAGAGGGACGAGGUGAGCACUUCACUCGCACUUGACUCUCCAUAUGAUAUUGGAAAUAUCCAAAAUCCAAUAAAGGAGAAAGGGCUCUGUUUGCUACAGUCUGCUGCAGAGUCCACAGGUUUUUAUUAGUGGCAUGAUGCAGGCUUUGAUCCUGGUCAUCAACAUCUGGAGGGCUUUUUCCUGUCUGCUAAGACGUAGCGAGCUGGAAGCUGGAUCUGUUGCAAUCUGCACCAGUAAUGAGAUCCAGAGCUUCUGUUCAAAGCACAUGCAGUUGCACUCCCCUCCUUUUUUUUUUUACUUUCC